AUGUCAUGGUGUCACCUAUACUCCAUCAACACCCACCAUGGGUCAGAGUUGAGGAUCGUGGCGGCCAUCAGGAAUAAGCUCCUCCUCAUCACCAGGAAACAGCCCCGCCUCGACGGCCUAGGCACCCUCGCUGCUGCAACCGACUCACCCGUGGACCAGUUCCAGUACAUACGGGAGAUCUGUCUGUGUGACCCUCCAGUAGUCAUGGCCCUAGUGGACGGUCCUACAGGGGAGAACGACAACAUGAUCUGUGUGGCCUACAAACACCAGUUUGACCUGAUCAACGAGAGCACCGGGGACGCAUACAGGCUACACCACGUAGACGCCAACCGGGUCAACUUUGUGGCAGCCAUCGAUGUGUACGAGGAUGGGGAGGCUGGUCUUUUGUUGUGUUACAAUUAUAUCUGUUCCUAUAAGAAGGUGUGUCCGUUCAAUGGGUCCACCCCUAUGAUCCAGUCUAACGCCUCUGACUUACACUUCAGCUGGAACCAGAUGCCCAACGCCAUCGUGUGUGCAUUCCCCUACAUCUUGGCCUUUACCACUGACUCCAUUGAGAUCCGGCUGGUUGUCAACGGUAACCUGGUCUACACAGCUGUCGUGCCAGAGCUCCAGCUGACUGCCUCCAGGUCAGACAUCUACUUUGUGUCGUCUGCUCCGGUCAACUCUGCCUCCAACUGCAGCUCCCGGGACACCAGUUCCCAGAGUUCCCCACAGACGCCCACCGGCUACGAGAUGCCCGUGUUCCCAUCGCCGCUCGGAGACGAUUCUAUACGGAUCCCCUAUGGUACCAAGCUAUCCCUGUACAUGUCUAAGGAUGCCGAAGGUGAGACACAGUGUAAGCACAUCUUCAAGAUCCCACUGAGUAACCUAGUGGGCCGCAGCAUCGAGAGGCCCCUUAAGUCCCCGCUGGUCAACAAGGUGGUGACGGGCCUGAUAGCCCCCGCGGGGGCCCUCAUGCAGGGGUCCUCACACACCCUGUCUCUGUCCCGCAUGGAGAUCAAAGAAAUCGCCAGCCGCACCCGUAAGGAGCUUCUGGGCUUGACCGAGGAGCCGAGCAGUAAGCCCGACAGCAGCACGGUCAAACAGAGGAAGAUGAGCAAGAAGACCACUGAGGAAGAGAUAAAGGCACGAACAUUGACAUCCACCAGCAGUGACAGAAUGGGCUCGGAGUCGGCCGACACGGACUCGGACAUCCAACGGCACUGCUCGUCCAGCUCGGAGGCGGAGCCAGAGAAAGUGGUGCUUAGAGAGGAGAGCCCACCAUUGGCCAGCCCCUUCACCCUCUCCACCUCGUUCGAAGAAGACAUCCUGGACCUAAAGUGAAGACAAUCCCAUCAUGCACUUAUUUUCUGCCUCCUCCUCCUUUCCUCCUCAUCCACCUCUUCUCUCCUCCUCAUUUCCCUGUCUUCUCUGCUCCUCCUUUCCUCCUCAUCCCCCUCUU